CCAUCGCUUAGGUUAAGCUAAAGCGGCAGAAGAAAGAGAGAGAGAAAGAAGAGAAAGACGAGAAGAAAGCUCUUCCUCCAUCUCAUCGCAUCGCAUCGCAUCGCAUUUGUUUGUUUGCUCCAUCGCCAUCGCCAUCUAGCACGAGAGAGAGGAGGGUGAGUUGAGCUAGCGAUAGCGCGAGCACGAGAAGGAAGAGAUCGGUGCUUCCGUCCUCGGAGGCACAGACAGUAGGUCUCGGCCAUUUGAUUCGGCUCUCUCGCUGGAGCUGGAGCUGGGACAAUCUCUCAAUCGCCCAAGCGCUUGAAUUGGCAGACGCCAGAUUAAAAAACUCGCCCCGCCUACCUACGCGCGCAAGCCAAAGUCAGUGGCACAACAGCGGAAGGGAGUGUUGUCAACAAAAGGCUGGCAAAGCAAGAAAAGCCUUGCGGAGGAGGAGGAGGAGCGAUAUCACGCAGCCAUGCAUUAUGCCGCUGCUGCUCUUCCAGCUCCGGUCCACGACGUGGCCGCAUCGCCCUCCUCCUCCUGCACGUCAAUCUCUCGCCAACAGUCGCCGGAGGAGUCGACCGAAGCUCUCAUUCCGGGUCUGUCACACGACCUCGCCUUCUACUGCCUCUUCCGCCUCCCGCUGGCGAGCCAGGCCGUGGCGAGGCUGGUGUCCAAGUCGUGGCUCGUGUCCCUGUCGAGCAGGGAAUACUUCCAGGGGCGGCGGGGGCUGGGAUUCACGGAGCAGUGGCUGUGCGUGCUGGCCUUCCACAAGAGCAGCGGCAAGAUCCAGUGGCAGGCAUUCGAUCCGCUGCGGCAAAAGUGGCACCUCCUGCCGGCCAUGCCGUGCAAAGGCCGGGUGUGCCCGCCGGGAUUCGGCUGCGCGUCGAUAGCGGACCAGGGCGUGCUGUUUGUGUGCGGCGGCAUGCAAACCGACAUGGACUGCCCGAUGGACUCGGUGCUCAAGUACGAGAUGCGCAAGAACCGGUGGACGGUGGCGGGGAACAUGUCCACGCCGCGCUCCUUCUUCGCCAGCGGCAUGAUCGACGGCCGCAUCUACGCCGCCGGGGGCAACAGCGCCGACCGCUACCUCAGCUCCGCCGAGGUGUAUGACCCGGUGAUGGAUCUGUGGAGGCCGGUGGCGAGCAUGGGGACCAACAUGGCCAGGUACGAUGCAGCGGUGCUGGAUGGCAAGCUUUACGUGACCGAGGGGUGGAGUUGGCCGUUUUUGUAUUCGCCGCGAGGACAGAUCUACGAUCCCAAGGCGGACCGCUGGGAGAACAUGAGGCUGGGGAUGCGAGAAGGGUGGACGGGCCUGAGCGUGGUGCUGGACGGACACUUGUUCAUCAUCUCGGAUCUCGAGGACAGUGUCAAGCUCAAAGUCUACGACACCGGGACCGACAGUUGGAGGUGCGUGAGCGGAUCGGCCAUGCCGCCCAACAUGGUCAAGCCCUUCUCGGUGAACACGCUCAAUGGCAAGCUCCUGGUGGUGGCCAGGAGUCUCCACGUCGCGAUUGGGAAGGUCACGCACACGACGGCGAGUCCGGGUGGUGCGCACGACAUGACCAGCGUCGCCGCCACCACCACGACGAGCGUCGAGUGGCACUCGGUGGCCGCGCCGCACUGCCUAGCCGACUUUGUGCCGUCCAACUCGCAGGUGCUGCAUGGGUGGUUUGACGGUGGUAUGGAGAUUGGCGACUCAAUCUAGAAGUAGCAGCAGCAGCAGCACAGCAAGCAAAGUUUUCUUAGUUUUGUUCAGGCAGGGGAUAGGUAUGGAGCCGCAGGAGACGCUCCAGACAGAAAAAAAAGCGACCUUUGUCGGCUGAGUUCUUAAAAGUCAUCCUCCAGAAACCAGAAAUAUACGGAAGAUCUUGUCGUGCUCUAGCCACAAACAAAGAAAGUUAAAGGUGACGCUC